AUGAAAAGGCUGGAAAAGUCCGAGAACCAGUGCAUCACAAAAGUCGAAAGUAGUGCUCAUGAGGCGCUCGAAGCUAGACAUGCGAUCGCGCUGGUGGCAGAUCUGGCAAAUGUCGUGAUAAGGAACGGAAGAUUCUCAAAUUUUAUGCAAAGAAGACGGCGGUUGGGACUGGUUCAGCGGCUCGUGUUUCUCAUCGGUAGAUACGGAGAUAAAAUUAGCACUGUAGUAUUUGUCAAUGCCAUGCCAUGCUAUGCCGGCAGUACCAUUGAUCUCCCAUCUGUGCAUAUGUGCCACUGUGUGGUGGUGGUCCUCGAUGGGGUGUUGUUGUGCACUGGUGACUGGUGUUGCCUUCAUAUCCACGAGAUAUUGAUGACCCAAGCUCAAGCUCCAACUUCCAAGCAAGCUUGA